GGACCCUGAUAUUUCCCGAGUUUCCGGCGGAAGAAUUGGUGGCGUUGCGGUUGAUGGCUGCUCGCGUUUUGUUGCAGCAAUGUCUCUCUGCCCGGCUGCAAGUGAAGGAGGCGGAAGAAGGUGCUGCAGCUGAAUGGAUUCAGAUUCAAAGAGGGACAUUGAUCUACGUCUGCUUUUCCAAAGGUGCUACUGUUGACAUUAUUCCCAAAAUGGUUAAUACGUUGUUGAAUGUGAAACUCUGUGAGACCAAUGAAGGCAACUAUGUGUCAAUACUGGAUCUACCUGCUAAUGUUGUCAUUAUACCUCAGGCCACAUUAGGUGGCAAACUCAAGGGGCGUAGUAUGCAGUACCAUUAUAACAUUGGAAAAGAGGAAGGAAAAGAACUGUAUGAGUACUUUGUUGCUGUAUGUGAAAAGGAAUUUGCCUCAAAUGCUAAAUGUGCUGAAGCUGGAGUUGCGGUCAGGCAUGGGACCUAUGGGAUCAGACAAGCGCUGCAAACAGACACCAAUGGACCAUACACCCACUUGAUUGAAUUUUAAAAUAUUCGAAUACAUAUUUCUGAAUUGUGAAGUAAUGUAUAGUUCUUCUAUUUUUAUGUGUAGAAAGUCAUUUUUUUGGAAUAGACUUGCAGUGAAUUAGACCACUAUUAUUACGAGAUUACAUUUGUGUUCAGAGAGACUGAUUGUUCAUUCAUGGGAUGUGGGCAUCACUGGUUUGACAGCACUUAUUGUCCAUCUGCAGUCGGCCAGAGAAAGUGGUGGUGAGCUGCUUUCUUUAACUGCUACAGUCUACAUGCUCUAGCUAGACCCACAAUGCUAUUAGGGAGGAAGUUCCAUAAUUAUGAACCAACCAUACUGAAGCAAUGUUGGUUUAAUUAAUUCCUGUUAUGCCAGGAAUAAUUAAUUCCUGUUAACUUUCAAUUAAUUGCCUAGACAUGUUUCUUGAUCUAUGAGUAACCUGACAAGGUCAUCAGGGCAAGUGAACCACACUGGGGCCUUCCUCAAUCAAAGGGAAGUGCAACAGAAUGAGAGAAGAGCCACUCAUCUGUCAUGUGUCCUUGAGAUCCUGGAUCAUUACUGCACAGUCUUGAGGUAGAAGGGAUCACACAUCUACUUUCCUUUGACAUUUUCAUCCAAGACUGUCCGUGGAAGCAUGGCCCUCAGUGCAGUCCCUCAGAGCCCAGAGCAAAAUCUCUAGAAAGACAGAGCCUUGAGGACCACCCUUCACUGGUUUUCUCUCUAUUCCUCCAACUGCUUCAGCCUUUAAAACCAAAGUACUGCAAGUUAUUCUAACCCACGUCAUGGACCCUUUCAUUUGAAAUCCUUCUGUGAAUAGAAUGGACACGUCAUCCUGUUCAUGCUCACACUGGUUUCUCACAUCAGGCAGGAUGCUGAUGCCUUUGCUCAGUAAAAGAGCCCAAGCAAAAUUUGUUCAUUCAUCAUAUUGAUUUCUGACCUGCUGAUGGUCCUGACAUCGUGGCUGGGACUAAGUGUGAAUCAUUCCACUUAUGAUAUUGAAGUAUGGUAGAUCCAGUCAGUUACUUUGCGAAUAGCUUGGGUUAAAGCAUUAUAAUUGAGGUUAUUAUUCAAACAUUUUAUCCAAAACUGCUUUAUAAAAUGUAAUUCAAGAUGAAGCAGGGGGUAUCAUUUACAAGAUCAAGAAGCUUGACUCCAUUCUGGAAAAAAAGCAGCGCAUUUCACUGGGACCACAUCCAAAAACAGCCAGUCCCCCUGUACCAUAACGAUAUGUACUAUUGACAAGCUAAGAUGCAGAAAUUCACCAGAGCUCCUUGGGCAGCACGUUCCCAACACAUCCACUUCCAUCUAUAAAGGAGAAAGGCAAUAGAUACAUACAAAUACCACAUUCCUUUCCUUUCCUUUCCAAGCCACCACAUCCUGACUUGGAAAUUGAUCUAAGGGGGUUCCCUAUAUCUUAGAAUAUGCCCUUGAAACAUGGAAGAAGAUUGGAUUAUGUCAGGAUCCUGGCAGUUCAGUCAACAUAAUUCUUUUGGCUGAUAAUGAACAAUGAUGACAGAAGAUUUUAAAUAUUCAUGACACAGAUUGUGUACAGUUUCAAGUUUGCAGUAAAUAUUUCACUGAUUACAUUAACAGUGUACCACUGACCAGAGUUUAAUGAGACAAUGUGGGACAUCUUGCAACCAUGGAGACGUAAAUACUUUUCACAAAAUGGAUAUAUAAAGCAGAAAAUGAUAACAGCAAAUGUUUUUAUAUAAACCUGAAAAUCCUUUCAAAAAAUGUUUUGACUGAUGUGGUGAUGAUAAAAGUGAACUGGUUUGGUGGUUGCCAUUUAAAGGACUUCUUCCCAAUCCAACUCUCAUCCAUGGUUUGAUCUCUUGUGCACAGUUAUAACUUAUUAGAAAAUAAAACAUCCAUUUAUAAGUGGAAAGAGAUGGGAUCAACUUACACAGCUUGAUAUAUGGCAGCAAAUCUGGAUACAUACUUUAACAGACCAGGAACAUGAUUUUUCGAGAAAGAUGUGAAAUCGUUAGGGGGACGUCUCUUGAAUGGUUCCAGAUUGAGGAGUUUGUUUUGAUAGAUUGGAAAAGUUGGGACUAUUUUCCUUGGAAAGAGAAGAUUGAGAGAAGGUUUGAUACUUACUCAACAUCUUGAAGUGCCUGGAUCAUGCAGAUAGAGAGAACUUGUUCCCAAUUGAUUGAGAGGGGACAAAUUUGAAGUAAUUUGUCAAAGAAGCUAUAGCAGUUAGGAUUUGCUCUGUGAAGCUUGUGUAUUCAAGAGGGAAUUUGAUUGAUAUGUGGAAGAGAACAUUCAUGCCUAUGGGGGAAAUGAGACUCUGUAAACCACAGAGAAUAUUGUUCUGCUGAUUUGAGGAUAAUACUUAUGCAGAGUUUCCGUUGUAGGUCUCUACGCAAGUGAAUAAACCAAACCUCUGGGCACAUGGAGCAGGAUGUCCUUAACAGAAUCAGAUGUGGAGUGCAGCAGUUUUUUUUCUCUAUACUUGUGCUGCCUUUUGUCAUUUACACGUCUAAACUCAAAGCAUGAUGCUGCUGGACAGAUGAGUUGUUGCAGCUUUCAACAAGGAUAAGCAAGACGUCCCUGCUGUUAAUGUCAAUCCUGCUUUGCUUCCAGGAGUGUUUCUUUUUUUUGUUCCAGAGUGUUAAGAAAACAGACCUGGCACAGGAGAAACAUUUUGGCAUGCAGAUGCAGUGUUUGGACCAUUGAUUUUGCAGGAGUUCUAUCUGAAUGACUGCACAGCUAUCCUCAAAUAAAUGCUACUUUUUUUUUUUUACUGAUGAUCCUCUGACUGAAUCCAGAGAAUGCAGUAGGUACAGAUGGAUUGAAUGGCCUCCUUCUGGGUUCUGUGCUGUUACAAUUCUGUUAUUUUGUGAUCAGCUAUCUUGCUUUUCAAUAUCAGCCUUUUAAAAUCUUGACCAUUGUACAUGACACCUGAGUUCUAGUUUAUUGAAGCAUUGUUCAACUUGCUGCACUGGUCAUUGGGCUCACUGCUCAUAAUGGCCCAAAUCUUCAGUGCAGUCGAGGACAGAAAAAUUUAUGUAGGCAGCAAUGGAGUGAAUUGGCACUGAAGUGAAACUGCAAUUUGCAGCUGUAAUUACUGUUUUCAUGUUUAAAAGGUUCUAAAAGCACUUGAACAACUGUUGAGAGAAGGUAAAUGAUGGGGUAGUAUUAGAAUUAGAUUUUGUUACGUGUACUGAAGUAUGGGAAUAUAGGAGUACAGUGAAAAGUAUACAAAGUUGCCAUUCUUCGGCACCAUCUUGGUUGCACAUGAUUAUAAAACUAAUUUUUAAAAAAACACAAAGGAAACAAAGCCAGAAGGAAUGAGAAACGUCCAAACGUUAAAACUUAAGUUGUCUCCAUGCAGGCUCCUAAGCCAACCCACAGUUUGGAGUCUUGGGAGGAGCUGCAUGCCUGCUGUCACCACUGCCUCCAUGCCAAAAAAGGCCCUUUAGCUCAUUUUGUCAGUACCAGAAAUCAAGUAAUCCCAUUUUUCUACACCUGACCCUCAACCUUGCAUCUAUAAUGUUUCAAAUGGUUAUCUAAAUACUCAAAGUCUGGAAGGUUCCCACCUGUACCUUAAAACAACCAUCAAACCUGAAACAGACCAUUGAUCACAGCAAACUAUCCAGCCUUCAGGACAACAUUGAGCACAACACAGUACAAUGCUAUCAUGGUAAUCUCUGCAAGACAUUUCAGAUCUUUGAUGUGGGAUCACAACCUGCUACCUGCACAGCAGAUACUCCUGUAACUUGGCCGGUGUUGUCUAUCUCAUAUGCUGCAGGCAAGGAUUCCCUGAGGCACGGUACAUUGGUGAAACCAUGCAAAUGCUAUGACAACAGAUGAAUGGACACCAUGCAACAGUCACCAUAUGGGAAUGUUCCCUCGUUGGGGGAGCACUUCAGUGGUCAAGGACAUUUGGGAUGCAUGACAGAGUCAUCAAACAGAGGCUGGUAGCAAAGUUCAGUACCCACGAGGACUGCCUCAACUGGGCUCUUGGGUUCAUGAUGCAUUACAGGUGACCCCACGACAGUUUUUCUCUCUCUCUCUCUCUCUCACCCCUCCCUGAUUCCAUGAAAUGACUUAAAAUUUGAUGCUGCUUGAAAUAAACGUUUUAGUCCAACCAGCAGCAAAUUUGGAGAUGUGUAGUGACUGUGAUUUUUCUCUCUUUCUCCCCCACAACUCACUCACGUGCUCUCCACAUCUGCU